AUGUGUAGGUCUAUACCAAAAAAACGGAAAAAUGAAAAUAAUGAGGAGUCAUAUAAUAGGAAAAGCCAAAUAAAGCGAAGCAAGAAUGAAGUGAAUACAGUAGAAACGGAAGAACCAAGUAACAAAUCAAAAGGUGAAGGGACUUAUUAUAUCUUCAACUUGAAUGAUGACGCUGUAAUAGAAUGUGAAAUGGGAGGUGUCAAAUUGAAUGUACUGAUAGACUCUGGUUGUAAUUUAAAUGUAGUUACAGAUAAAACCUGGAAUAAGUUGAAGGAUGAAAAAAUAAAAAUAUGUAAUGAGGUUAAAGGAACUAAAAAAACACUAUACGCAUAUGGAAGCAAAGUUCCACUAGAUGUUAAGGGAACAUUUGACACUGCUAUACGAGUUAAUAAAAAAACAGAACCAGCCACAGUCUAUGUUAUCAAUAAUGGCACGAGAGAUUUACUGGGCAAGGAGACGGCUAUUAAAUUAGGAGUAUUAAAGUUAGGAGUCGAGGUCAAUACAGUCGAACAAAAAUACAAACCUUUUCCUAAAUUCAAAGAUGUUCUGGUCGAGAUACCUGUCAAUAAGAAAAGCCAACCUGUAUCACAGCCUUACCGAAGAAUACCUAUCCCAAUUGAAGAAAAAGUUGAAAACAAGAUAAAAGAAUUGUUGGAUAGCGAUAUUAUUGAAGAGGUACACGGCCCAUCACCGUGGAUUUCACCAGUUGUACCUGUACUAAAAGAUGAUAAUGACCUACGUUUGUGCGUGGAUAUGAGACGCGCAAAUGAAGCAAUUCUAAGAGAAAACCAUCCCCUACCCUGUAUGGAUACCCUAUUAACAAAAAUAAGAAAAGCCAAAUGGUUUUCUAGAUUAGAUAUAAAAAACGCGUUCCACCAAGUGGAAAUUCAUCCGAAUUCUAGAUACCUCACUACGUUUAUUACGGCUAAAGGGUUAUAUAGGUACAAGCGAUUGAUGUUUGGAAUUACGUGCGCGCCAGAGUUAUUCCAAAAAAUAAUGGAGAGGAUGCUGACUGGAUUGGACGGUAUUAUUAAUUUUAUAGACGACAUUUUGAUAUUUGGCGUAGAUGAAAAACAACAUGAUGAGAGGUUAUCAAAAGCCUUAGAAACUCUGAAAAAGAACAAUGUGCUGCUGAACGAAAAGAAGUGUAUUUACAAGGUACAAAAAAUUCAUUUCCUGGGACACGUUCUGACACCGGAGGGAACUAAACCCCUUGAUAAAUAUAUGACGAGUAUCAAAGACUUUAGAGUACCUACUACAGUCGAAGAGCUGCAAAGCUUUUUGGGGCUCGUGAACUAUAUUAAUAAAUGGUUGCCAAAUCUAGCGACAAGAACAGAACCAUUAAGAAAGUUGCUGAGGCAAAAGACAGGUAAGAAGCAAAGUAUAGCAGAUGAUUGGGGAAAAGAACAAGACUGCGUAUUUCGAGAACUAAAAGUGGCGCUAUCGACCGUGGAAACAUUAGGAUACUACGAUGUUGCUGACAAGACUGAAGUAAUUGCAGAUGCAAGUCCAGUAGGAUUAGGAGCCGUACUUAUUCAGAGGGACAGUCAAGGACCAAGAAUUAUAGCUUACGGUAAUCGUACUUUAACAGAGCUUGAAAGGAAGUACAGUCAAACUGAGAAGGAAGCGCUGGCGUUGGUAUGGUCUGUGGAACACUUCAAUAUAUUCCUUUUCGGAAAGGAGUUCGAUCUCAUCACAGACCAUAAACCACUUGAAUUCUUAUUUGGGAAAAAGUCAAAACCUUGUGCGCGAGUCGAACGAUGGGUAUUGAGACUCCAGGCGUAUAGGUACAAAAUAAUAUACAGACCAGGAAGAACAAACAUUGCUGAUCCCUUAUCAAGACUUUGUAAAUACGAUGAUGUUCCAAAGGGGCACGUCGAUGAUUUUGUUCAACAAAUAGUCGAGCAAGCAUGCCCAUGUGCCAUCCCCUUAAAAAUCAUUAGCAAAAGCUCAGAAAAUGAUCAAGAAAUAAAAAACAUUAAACGUGGAAUGUACAAUAAUGACUGGGAUGAGUCCGUAAAAGGGUAUAAAGUGUUUGAAUCUGAGCUUUGCUUCUACGAGAAUAUUCUGCUUAGAGGUGACAAAAUUGUUAUCCCAAGAGAAUUAAGGAAAGACGUACUCGAUGCUGCACACGAGGGGCACCCAGGGAUAGUAGCCAUGAAAAGUCGACUGCGCACUAAGGUGUGGUGGUUGCGAAUCGACAAAGAUGCGGAAGCAAUAGUCAAACAAUGUAAAGGAUGUACUCUUGUUGGAUUGCCUAGUCAUCCUGUACCUAUGAAACGAAGAGAAUUGCCUUCCGCCCCGUGGGUGGAUAUUGCCAUAGACCUUCUGGGUCCCCUGCCAAAUAGCGAGUACUUGUUAGUGGCCAUCGAUUAUUACAGUAGAUACAAAGAGAUUAAGUUCACAAGGUCUAUUACUAGUUCACAAAUCAUAAAACUAUUAAAAGAAAUUUUUAGCCGUCUUGGUUAUCCCAGCUCGUUAACUGCGGAUAAUGGUGCUCAAUUCGUAAGUCAAGAGUUCAAAGAUUUCUGCCAACAAUGUAAUAUACGAUUAUUUAACACGAUACCCUACUGGCCUCAGCAGAAUGGGGAAGUAGAAAGGCAAAAUCGAGAUAUACUAAAGCGGUUAAAAAUAAGCCAGGUUGAUAAAAAAGAUUUACAUGAGAGCGUCUGGGAAUAUCUGAUGAUGUAUAACUCAACACCACAUUCAGUGACUGGUAAAACACCUUCAGAACUGUUUUUUAGAAGAUUUAACCGGGAUAAAAUUCCAUCUUUGAUGGACAAUGAUUAUAGAAUUGAAGAUUCAGAAGUUAGAGACAGAGACACAAUUAUGAAAGAGAAAGGAAAAGAAUAUGGGGAUAUGAAGAGAAAAGCACAGGAUAGAACAAUAUCGGAAGGGGAUAAAGUGUACGUAAGAGACAUGAAGAAAGGAAACAAAUUAUCAACAAACUUUGAGGUAACACCCUAUGUAGUAGAGAGAACUGAAGGUGAAACUGGAGACGUAUUAGUUAGGAAUGAAGAGACUGGUCAACAAUUGAGAAGGAAUGUAAUUCAUUUGAAAAAGGUUGAAGGAGAAUGGAAAGUUCAACAGUACAAAGAAGACGGCAAACAAAUCCAAAAUGGUAAUGGAAGUGACAGUGAUUAA